AAUGAAAAAUAAUUGAUUAGAAAAUACUGUAAUAAAAAUGAAAYUUUUAUUAAUCGGUGUAUUAUGUGUGACGGCUAUUUCGGCAGACAGUCCAGUUGGCGAUGUGGUUGGAAAGCUUGUUGUUGGCUAUCAGGGCUGGUUUUCCGCAAAAAAUGACGGUUCACCAAUGAACCGAUGGUUUCAUUGGGUGGAUAACAGUGAUCMUCCCUAUCCGGGUCAUCAAAAAUUCGAGAUAUGGCCUGAUGUUAGUGAGUAUACCCAUACAUAUCAAACCGGGUAUCAGGCACUGGGCAACGGACAACCGGCAAAACUGUUUAGUUCGUGGGACGACCAGACAGUAGACACACAUUAUCGAUGGAUGAAAGAGAAUAACAUCGAUUGCGCGGCUCUUCAAAGGUUUGCGGGAGGCGUCAAACGAGAUCCUGUUUAUGGAAAGCAAUUGAACGGUAUCGCCAAAAAAGUGAUGACCAGCGCUGAGAACCAUAAUCGCAAGUUUUACAUUAUGUGGGAUAUUAGCGGUUGGGAUAAGUUUGCCGAUGAAAUACCCGAAGACUUGCAAAACAAUCUGAAACCUUUGGGUUUGUUCGACUCCAAGGCCUACGCCCAUCAAAAUGGUAAACCUGUACUCUGUAUUUGGGGACUCGGUUUUGGCGACCGUCCCCAAGACAUCGCUGGUAUGAUUCGGGUGAUUAAUACGUUCAAACAACAGGGAUAUUAUGUGAUCGGUGGUGUACCGCGCGAUUGGCGCAAUGACCAAAAAUAUAGGGAAGUCUUUCUUCAACUCAAUAUGUUACAGCCCUGGGCUGUCGGUAGUAUGCAGACACCACUGGACGCACAGUCAUAUCAACCAAUUUUGAAGGACGACCACGAAUUUCUUAGCCAACAUAAUAUUGAUUAUCAACCGGUACUAUACCCUGGAUUUGCCUGGUCAAAUUGGAUGCGCCCCCCACGAAAUGAGGACCCCCGUCUGCACGGAGACUUCAUGUGGCAACAGUUUGUCAAUAUACGUGAGUUGGGCAUAAAAAAUGUCUACAUAGCCAUGUUUGACGAGUACGAUGAGGGAUCAGCCAUAGCCAAGGCGGCCGAAACCAAUAACGACAUUCCGAGGGAUCAGUACUUUUUGACCCUCGACGCCGAYGGUGUGCGCGUGUCAUCCGAUUUCUAUCUGAGACUUGUCGGCGACGGCAACCGUAUGAUGAAAGGCGAGAUACCCCUACAGAAAACACAUCCCACACCACAUAUUAAGCCUUAA